AUGUCUUCUGAUAUUCUUUCAAGACCAAUUGAUAUUUCUAAGUAUAGUUUAAUUUAUGCAAGUGCACAAAAAAAUUGUGGAGCUGCUGGAGUUACUAUUAUUAUUAUCAAGAAAGAAAUAUUAGGUAAAGUUAAUCGAAAAAUACCAACAAUUCUUGAUUAUCAAGUUCAUAUUUUAAAUGAUUCAAUGUAUAACACUCCACCUGUAAUAUCUAUCUUUACUGUUAAUCAAACUCUAAAAUAUAUUAAGAAACUAGGUGGUUUAGAAAAGAUUAAACAAUUAAAUGAAGAAAAAGCUCGAUUAUUAUAUGCUGAAAUUGAUAGAAAUAAAAUCUUUAAAACAACAGUACUUAAGAAAGAUAGAUCAAUUAUGAACGUUUGUUUUGUAAUGGAAGAUCAUUACAACCAACUUGAAAAUGAUUUUUCUGAAUAUGCUUUCCAAAAUGGAAUAAUUGGUAUUAAAGGUCACCGCUCUGUUGGUGGUUUUAGAGCUUCAAUUUAUAACGCAGUUACAAUCGAUUCUGUUCAUGCAUUAAUUAAAUGUAUGCGUGAUUUUGAACAGUUACAUAUUCAUUAA